CUUUCUCUCCACGAUCGAGAUAUCUUUGCACUAUACAGUGUACGCAGUGUACAACCAGUCAUUUCCGUCGCCGUAGUUGCAAGUAGGACAUAAGUCGUGCUGAAUGGUCGAGUUUUCUCGUGUGAUCCAGUGGAGGGAAUUGCUGUUGUGAAAAAAUUUUUUACUCAGAUACGUUGAUAUUGGUUUGCUUUCUGAUAGUGAUCAUGUCAUCGACAGUCUUAAGUGAAAACACCGAAAAUACCUGUGUCGUUUGCUUCAAAAAUGUAUCAAUUUACUCCAUCGGUGAAUGUGACCACCCCGUGUGCUACGAGUGUUCCACGAGAAUGCGAGUUUUGUGUCGUCAAAAUGAAUGCCCUAUUUGCAGACAAGAUAUGCCGAAGGUUAUAUUUACAAAAAACGUGCAACCUUUCAAGAAUAUCAAAAAUAAUACAUACCUUAUGGACAAAAAGUUCAAAAUAUGCUUCGACAACGCUGAAAUUCAAUCUGCUUAUAGUAAAUUAUUGGAACAUGUGUGUACAAUAUGUCCAGGGAGACCUGCUUUCAGAACAUUUCAAAACUUGAAAGAUCACAUGAGGAAGGAACAUGAACUUCAUUAUUGCGAUUUGUGUGUGGACAACUUGAAGAUAUUCACUGGUGAAAGAAGGUGCUAUACAAGACAAGAGCUAGCCCAGCAUAGAAGGAAAGGUGAUCCUGAUGAUCGAUCACAUAGGGGUCAUCCUCUUUGUGAAUUUUGUGACCAACGUUAUAUGGACAACGAUGAGUUAUUUCGACACCUCCGAAGAGAUCACCUCUUUUGCCAUUUUUGUGAUGCUGAUGGAUUUCACCGUUAUUAUAGCUCUUAUGAUUAUCUGCGAGACCAUUUUCGUGCUGACCAUUUUCUUUGUGAAGAGGGUAGCUGUAUGGAUGAGAAGUUUACAUCUGCAUUUCGUUCAGAAAUAGACCUGAAAGCGCACCGCGCGUCCGUGCACGGGCGCACCAUGGGCAAGGCGGCGGCCAAGCAAGCGCGCACGCUCGAGCUGGAGUUCACGCUGGCCCCGCGGCCGCGCCCCGAGCGCGGGGGCGGCGGCGGCGGGGGCGGGGGUCGGCCCGGGCAGCCGGGCGGGCGCCGCGCGACGACGAUCACCACCUGCUGGCGCGCCGCCCCGCGCACGACGACUUCGCCGGCGCCGGCGCCGCGCCCUGCGGCCCUCGCGGCGGCCGCCCCUCGGCACGCACUGCCCCGACGAGUUCCCCACGCUGAGCGGCGCGCCGGCCCCGCCCGCGCCCGCGGCCUCCGCCCCAACGGCGUGGCGGCCUCACCAUCCGCGCCGUGCGCCAGCCGCGCUCGCCGCACCACGAGAACUUCCCGGCGCUGGCGCGCCGACCGGGGCCCCGCCGCCCGCCGCCCUCAACCGGUGCGCCUCAGCGUCAACAGCGAGCGCGCGGGCGACGGCCUCUCCAUUCGCGUCAACCGGCGCGCCGACCCGCCACGGCCCGCGCGCUCGCCACGACUCCCUCGCUGGGCGCGUCGUCGGCCCUCCCGCCGCGGCCCGCCCCCGCCUCGUCCGUCGCCUCGGGCCAGUGGUUGCACGUGA